CAGCUUCCGGCAGCAGGCAGAAGCACCGGUCAGCUUGGGGAAGGGACACAGAGGAAGAGACGGAGUGUACAGGGACCAAGGAUGAUGUCAAGGAGCAAAGAGCAGGAAGACAGGAGGCUUUGAGCACACACGGCUUUGUCUAUUCCAGUAACAACCCCCUUGCUGCCGCUCACCGGUUCCAUGGAGAUAAUAUUUGGCCAGAAUAAGAAAGAACAGCUGGAGCCAGUUCAGGCCAAAGUGACAGGCAGCAUUCCAGCAUGGCUGCAGGGGACCCUGCUCCGAAACGGGCCCGGGAUGCACACAGUGGGAGAGAGCAAGUACAACCAUUGGUUUGAUGGCCUGGCCCUUCUCCACAGUUUCUCCAUCAGAGAUGGGGAGGUCUUCUACAGGAGCAAAUACCUGCAGAGUGACACCUACAUCGCCAACAUUGAGGCCAACAGAAUCGUGGUGUCUGAGUUCGGAACCAUGGCCUACCCGGACCCCUGCAAAAACAUCUUUUCCAAAGCUUUCUCCUACUUGUCUCACACCAUCCCCGACUUCACAGACAACUGUCUGAUCAACAUCAUGAAAUGUGGAGAAGACUUCUAUGCAACCACGGAGACCAACUACAUCAGGAAAAUCGACCCCCAGACCCUAGAGACCUUGGAGAAGGUUGAUUACCGGAAGUAUGUGGCGGUAAACCUGGCUACCUCGCACCCUCAUUAUGACGAGGCUGGGAAUGUCCUUAACAUGGGCACAUCCGUCGUGGACAAAGGGAGGACAAAAUACGUGAUAUUUAAGAUCCCUGCCACAGUGCCAGACAGCAAGAAGAAAGGGAAGAGUCCCGUGAAGCACGCGGAAGUUUUCUGCUCCAUUUCCUCCCGCUCGCUGCUCUCUCCCAGCUACUACCACAGCUUUGGUGUCACGGAGAACUAUGUGGUGUUUCUGGAGCAGCCUUUUAAGUUGGAUAUCCUCAAGAUGGCCACCGCAUACAUGAGGGGAGUGAGCUGGGCUUCCUGUAUGUCAUUCGACAGGGAGGACAAGACAUACAUUCAUAUCAUCGACCAGAGGACCAGGAAGCCUGUGCCUACCAAGUUCUACACAGAUCCCAUGGUGGUCUUCCAUCAUGUCAAUGCCUACGAGGAGGACGGCUGUGUGCUGUUUGAUGUGAUCGCCUAUGAGGACAGCAGCCUCUAUCAGCUCUUCUACCUGGCCAACCUGAACAAGGACUUCGAGGAGAAGUCCAGGCUGACCUCAGUGCCUACCCUCAGGAGGUUUGCUGUGCCCCUCCAUGUGGACAAGGAUGCAGAAGUGGGCUCAAAUUUAGUCAAGGUGUCAUCUACAACUGCAACAGCCCUGAAGGAGAAAGACGGCCAUGUCUAUUGCCAGCCCGAGGUCCUCUACGAAGGCCUAGAGCUCCCUCGGAUAAAUUAUGCUUACAACGGGAAGCCAUAUCGCUACAUCUUUGCAGCUGAAGUACAGUGGAGUCCAGUCCCAACCAAGAUACUGAAAUAUGACAUUCUCACAAAGUCCUCCUUAAAGUGGUCUGAGGAGAGCUGCUGGCCAGCAGAGCCUCUGUUUGUUCCCACGCCAGGUGCGAAGGAUGAAGAUGAUGUCCCUUGCAGGCCAAGCAGAGACUGUGGAGUCCAAGGGCCCCAUCGUAAAUCACAUUGUCAGCUGAGCAUAGCAUGUGUGCCUGAGAUCUCAGCAUUUGGGAGGCAGACAGAAGACAAUCAGGGGUCUACAGUCAUUCUCAGAUAUACAGAGAAUUUGAACUACUAAGACCUGGUCUCAAAACACAACAGCCACAAGGUAGAUAGGUAGGUACAUAGAUAGAUAGAUAGAUAGAUAGAUAGAUAGACAGACAGACAGACAGAUGGAUAGAUGAGUGGGUGAUGGAUGGAUGAAGUUGUUAGAAUACACUACCUGACAUACCUCACAGCCUCUGAAAACAUUCUUAUGGGUAAGACUGAACAAACAGACCUUCUUUGGGCACGGUAUAAAUUCUCUCCUACUCAAAGUCCAUAUCCUUUCCACUGAGUGACACACACAUUCUCUCAGAGUGUGCAGCUUUAGUUUUAGAAUUCUUUGCAAGGGCUGGCCCCAGAUCUCAAAUGACCUCUCUCAUAAGCAUGCAAAGUUUUCACAGCACCUGAGAAAUGCAGGUUUCCACUUAGCCAAAUUGUCUUAUCCCCCUUUGGCUUCAAAAAUGCCCUGCCCACAGCCCUCAGGAUACCGGGGAAGGUAAUAAGCUAUGGGUAAGGACACCGCCCAGCCAAGCCAGGGAUGGGGCUGCCCACACCUGCAGGGGAGGGCAGGCUGUCCCACUGAGACUGCCAGCUUCUUCCCUCAGGUGGGAGGGAGUGGUUUUCCACCUGGCCUUGGCUUCCUUCUGAUUGUGGCCUGGCACACAGGCAGGGGGAUCCCAUGUCACUGUCAUCUCUAAAGCAGGGGACUGUUUGCAUCCACUCCUACUGAGGCCAGCCUCUUGCUUGGCUGGGCAGCUGCUUCUCACGCCUUCUCUCCAUGGGUGUGGAGUGACACUGUCCUCAUUUCAUCCAGGGGAGGCUCAGAGAGUGAGGCAAAUUGACCAAAGUCACGAGCUCCAUAUGCAGAGGUUGGAUUUGAAUCCAGGCCAAUCUGACAUCACCUGUGUUCAGCUACCACAACCCAGGUCGCUUGGGCGGCAUCUUGGGCACUUACUAAAAGUUUCCUGACCCUGCUAUACCUUGAAAGUGAGCACAGAGGAGCAAGGACAUCCCAAUUUACAAGCAAACGUUGGGGGAGGGGGGGGUUGCCAACGUAACCAGGAGAUGAGUUGGAUUCAUUCCAGCGCCACCACAAGCCAGACAUGGCAACACAUGGCUUGGUUUCCUGGCAUCUGAGUGGUAGAGGUAGGCAGAUAUGAGUUUAAGGCCGGUCUGGGCUACAUUGCAAGACCUGUCUCAAAACAAAACAAAUAUGGCAAUGCUUUUGAAAUUCAAGACGUCCCUGCUCCACGGAGUAGCACACCUUAGCCCACACAUCCUCCCUGAAUUGCCUGGGUCUUUCCAUACUUGGAGGUUUCAAGAUGUUAGGAAAGGAGCCAUUCCUCAAAACACAUGAAAACGAACCAAGUGCUCCCAUAAUCCACCCUGCAGAUCAUCCCAGCACCCAUGAGGUCAGGGGUUGGUGGGAAUUAGCUUCACUGCAAAGAUGAAGAGACAAAGGUUCAUUGAGGCAAAGCGGCGCUCCCGGAAGUAGGUCUGCUGAUUGCAGUUCUGGUUUCUCUUCUGCCAACACAGAAUGGCAUAUAUCCUCUUUCCUCCUGUUUAGAUCAAGGAUGAGUUAAAAGACCACAGGGAGACACCUCUGAGAAAUGUUCUUUCCAGGUACACAAGGCUAUGCAUUGAACACUGUUAGAUAUCUCUUAGGACCAGGGAUGGAGCCUAUGGGGAAAGCAGCUGUCUAGUCUGCAUGAAGGCCUGAGACUACACUCUCAGCAUUACAAAUGGAAAUAAACUGGUUUUGGGGGUUUU